CGCAGAACCAGCUCUCUGAGCCGCCCGGGCGGCGGGCGAAGGGCCGGCGGGCUUCGGCGAGCCCGAGGAGGCACAGGCCUGGCCCGGGCCCCGCAGGUCCCGCAGGUCGGUGUGAGGGUCUGUGUGUCUGUCCCCAGCACUCUGCAAGACUAGAAAAAUAGGAAGAACCUGUUCAGAAUCCCUGCGGGAAAAGAAGGGGAAAUCUCAACAUGGAAAAACUCUACAAUGAAAAUGAAGGAAAGCUGGAAAUCGAGGGAAAGCCAGAAGAUGAAGUAGAUACAGAAGAUGAAGGAAAAUCAGAUGAGGAAGAAAAGCUGGAAGUGGAGGGGAAGCCAGGGCAUGAGGGAAAGCUCCAGAAUGAGGGACAGCCAGGUGAUGAGGGACAACCAGAAGAUGAGGGAAAGCAAGAAAAGCAGGGCAAGUCUGAAAAUGAGGGAAAACCACACAGCGAGGGCAAGCCAGAAUCCCUGGCAAAGGCUGAGAGUGAGUCGCGGGCUGCCGAAAAGCGCCCAGCUGAAGAUUAUGUGCCUAGGAAAGCAAAAAGAAAAACGGACAGGGGGACAGACGAUUCCCCCAAGGACUAUCAGGAGGACUUACAGGAAAGGCACUUGGGCAGUGAGGAAAUGAUGAGAGAAUGUGGAGAUGUGUCAAGGGCUCAGGAAGAGCUAAGGAAAAAACAGAAAAUGGGUGGUUUUCAUUGGAUGCAAAGAGAUGUACAGGAUCCCUUUGCCCCAAGGGGGCAGCGGGGUGUCAGGGGAAUGAGGGGCGGAGGUAGGGGCCAAAGGGGCUUACAUGAUAUCCCAUAUCUUUAAUGUCUUUGGCGUUCAUUUCUGAUUUCUCUAAUGAGAAUAUUGCUGAUCCUGCUUUUCCUGGCAGGCAUUUGCCAGGCUAUGUGCUUUAAACUUAGGCUGAUACUUUGCUUUAGGUGUCACUCUUGGUUACCAGCAGCCUUUUGAUCCAACUACAGUGUCCUCUGUCUUUUAGUAGGGGAUUUUCACCCAUGUGCAUGGAAAAGAUGUUCAUGGUACAUUGUAAAAUAACAAUAAAGAUAAAACCAUUUGCAGAACCAUA